GGCUGUUAAUAACGCUUACAGUUUAAGAAACAGGGUUUUAGAUCCAGAUCUUUAUCUGAUUCUUUAUCUGAUUUUCUCUCUCUCUCUCUCUCUCUCUCUCUGUGUGUGUGUGUGUGUGUGUGUGUGUGUGUGUGUGUGUGUGUGUGUGUGUGUGUGUGUGUGUGUGUGUGUGUGUCCCAUGCUACCAUGCUGUUUAGUAUGACAUGUAGCCCAGUGUUACGCAAACUGCGUUGAAGGCGGCGAUGGAAAUGGAGAGAGCUGCGGGCAGGAGACAGGAGAAUCCCAGCAACGCCCGUUUUCGCGGAAGCAGAUCUCAGGGAAGAAGGAAGACAGACGUCAGUCCGUGCGCUGAGAGCUGAGCUGCUCCACUCUCUUGUCUUCUCCUUAACGUAGAGGAGGAAAAAACGUAAAGCAGCAGCAGUAGAAGGAGAAGUCACACCCUACCCGGGGAUUACGCAGGACUCUACCCUGGUACUGCUGAGACCGACGACGCAAAUGCGUAAAGACACACAGAUAUGAGGACAGUAGAGUCUGAGGGAGUCUAGGUCGAUCUGGACCUGCUGCUGGAGAUCUCCAUGACCUGGCUAAGGCUGGUUUUAUGGGUUCAGUCUGUAAGAAGACACUGGAUCAAGGACAGGAUUUCUAAGCCGUUUUUAGGGGACAGCGGACAGACUGGAACUGUUAAGGUCUGACACGGACACUUGGUUUAUUGGUUCACAUGAAGACUUGCUUUGUUUCUUGUGCUGAUCUUAUGAGGAGACUGAAUUAUAGAGGAUGUGUUUUAUAGGCAUUAGCAGUCACACAGAAACCGAAUAUUCGUACUAAAUUGUUUCAUUUAUGAGGAUCUAGCUACAUUCAGCAGGCAAGGACAGGACAGGAUUUACUCUGUUAGUCCUUUUAUACCACCGUUUCUCCGCCUGUAGAGACGUUUGGGUGGCGAUCUGCGGAGGAUGGGAGAGAGAACAGAAGCCAAAAAGACGACGGUCUCAAUAAGACACCGUCCUAAAACAGGGCAGUGAUGCCAGGCAUGGUGAUGUUUCGGCGGCGCUGGUCAGUUGGCAGUGAUGACCUGGUGCUGCCUGCACUCUUCCUCUUCAUACUGCACUGCAUAUGGCUGGUGGUGCUCUCAGUGGUUCUAUUCGGUCUACCGUACGGUUCUGAUCAGUCCUGCUCCGUCACGCUGGUGGAUCACGGUCGUGGAUACAUGGGCAUCCUGAUCAGCUGCCUGAUCUGUGAGAGUGCCAUCAUGUGGCUGAGCAUGAGAGGCAGCAUCCUGUACACGCAGCCUAGAGAGGCCGUGCAGUAUGUGCUCUAUAUACGGCUCGCUAUCCUGCUGGUAGAGUUGGUGUAUGCAGUGGUUGGGAUCGCCUGGCUGGUGCAGUACUACCAACCCUGUUCUGACGUCACGGCCAAAAACCUCGCUCUCGGUAUUGUGGUGUGUAACUGGUUAGUGAUCUUCAGUGUGUGUUUCACUAUGAUGUGCACCUUUGACCCCACGGGAAGAACUUUUGUCAAACUAAAAGCCACACGCCGUCGCCAACGCAACCUGACAACAUACACACUCAGACACAGAUUAGAGGAGGGUCAAGCCAGCAGCUGGAGCAGGAGACUGAGAUUCUUUAUGUGCUGCACCAGAGCUAAAGACACACAGUCUGACGCCUACUCGGAGGUGGCGAGCCUCUUCGCAGAGUUCUUCAGGGAUCUGGACAUUGUACCCAGUGACAUCAUCGCUGGCCUGGUGCUGCUCAGACAGAGACAGAGAGCCAAGAGAUCUGCUAUCUUAGACCAGCCAAACAAUGAUAUUUUAGCUUUCCUGUCCGGGGUGCCAGUAACACGCGGUACACGCUACCUGGACCUCAAAAACUUGACGGAGAUGGCCAUGUAUAAGGAGGUGUGUUAUUACAUGCUGUUUGCCAUGGCGGCCUACGGCUGGCCCAUGUACCUACUGAGGAAUGCAACCUGCGGCAUCUGCAGGCUCCUCAGCUCCUGCACCUGCACGUCCGGCUCCAGGUCUCGUCUCUCUCAGUCUGUAACAGUAGAGGAGGAUAACUGUUGCGGCUGUAACGUCCUCGCGAUCCGGCGCCAGUUUUUGGAUCGAGACCUUAAACAGGUUCAGAUCGUCUACACGUCCUGCCACGAUGCGGUUUAUGAGACGCCUUUCUAUGUAGCAGUAGAUCACGGCAAGAAGAAAGUUGUCAUCAGUAUCAGAGGAACGCUGUCACCUAAAGAUGCUCUGACUGAUCUGACUGGAGAUUCUGAGCGGUUGCCUGUGGAGGAACAUCACGGUGUCUGGCUUGGGCAUAAGGGGAUGGUUUACUCAGCAGAGUACAUUAAGAAGAAACUGGAGCAGGAGAUGAUUCUGUCUCAAGCAUUUGGCAGAGAUUUGAGUAAAGGAACGAUGCACUACGGCCUGGUGAUUGUGGGUCACUCUCUAGGUGCUGGCACUGCUGCCAUCCUGUCCUUCCUGCUCCGUCCUCAGUAUCCCACACUGCGCUGCUACGCUUACUCUCCUCCUGGAGGCCUGCUCAGUGAGGAUGCGAUGGAGUACUCCAAAGAGUUCGUCACCUCAGUGGUGCUGGGGAAAGAUCUCGUGCCCAGGAUCGGCCUCUCACAGCUUGAGGUUUUCCGUCGUCACCUGCUAGAGGUCCUGCAGAAAAGCGAUAAGCCAAAGUGGAGGAUCAUCAUCGGAGGCACAAAGUGUAUUCCUAAGACAGAGCUUCCUUUAGAGGAUGAUCCUCCGUCCCAGGGCGUGACUCCGUCCACCUCCCGACUGUGUCUCCAUCCCAGUGACCUGAGCAUCGCCCUCUCUGCAUCCACGCCGCUCUACCUGCCUGGACGCAUCAUCCACGUCGUGCACAACCACCCACCUGAGACGUGCUGUGGUCAAGAGGAACCCACGUACUCAGCUCUUUGGGGUGACAACAAAGCCUUUGAUGAGGUUAUCAUCUCACCGGCCAUGCUGAAUGAACACAUGCCACAUGUGGUGUUGGAUGGCCUCAAUAAGGUUCUGGAAAACUACAAUAAGGGCAAGACGGCUCUUCUGUCCGCUGCUAAAAUCAUGGUUAGCCCAACAGAAGUGGACCUGAAUGCUGAGACCUACUUCCACGGAGUCUCCAACUCCCAUGAGCCCACACCUCAAACCCAACACCGCAGAAACAGCAGCGUCCGCUCCUGCGCUCGCUCUGAGAUCUCUCUGGACGGUUUUUCUGAGUGCCCUCCUCCAGCAGUGCCGGUGGUGCUGAUGGGGGCUCGCGAGCGCUUGGCCCUGGAGCUGCGGGAGCGAAAGGCUCCGCUGGCUGUGAUGGAGAGCCUUUCUGACGUCGACUCUGUGUACAGCAUGGACUCUCGCCGCUCCUCGGCUGCUUUCAGGGGCUCUCCGUGUCUUGGGACGCUUCCUUUCCCCCUUGACGCCCCGAUUCCUGAGGAGAAUCCUUCACUGAGCUCACGUACCGAGCUAAUUCAGGCUUCACCCGAGCGAGAACUUAUGGGCCAAACCGGGCCCUGCUGCCCCACACCACCAGAACUUGCUUUACCUCCUAACAAAAGCCACAGCCGCUCUCCGGAACUUGUGGUGCCUUUGAAUGGUGGUGGCAAGUUGCCUCACUUUACACGUAAACAGACCGGUGAAGGUCAGCCAGGCCAGCAGAAGGCACUCAUGCGUGCUAAAUCAGAGACUUUCGAAGCAUUUCGAAGGUCUAACAGCAAGGACUCAAGUCCUAUGUCACUGUGGACUGGCGUUAUAGAGAAGGAAUGCAGAGAGAAUCCAAAAGAUGAAAGUGUCAAGAAAGAGGAGAAGAGUACAAAGGAGGUCAGAGUGGCUCCACUGUCCAAUGGGAACACCAGUCAGGCAGUGCUGGAGUUUGCUCAGUAUCUGGAUUCCCUCUUCAAGCUAGACGGAAGCGACUCUCUGCCUCCAGACAAUUCCGAUGCCGAGUCUGAAUCUGGACGAGGUUCGUCGGUUCAGACAGAGGAGCAGCGCAUGGAGGACUUGGAUAGCGAUCAGCAGCUACUGGCUAGAGCCACACUGGAGCCCAAUCUCGUCCCUAAACCUCCUCGAACCUUUGCGGGCUCCGCUGAGCCCUCGUCCGGCAUUUCUCUCUCUCCAUCCUUCCCUUUAUCUUCGUCCGGAGAGAUGAACGACCUCUCUCCCGUCAAUCACACUGCACUACGGACUUCCGCGGCUUCUCCUAACGUCGAAGAAAACACGUUAUCAUCCAUAGUGUAGUGAAACGGGGACUUCAGGAAACCUGCUCUUUUUGGGUAUCUGUAUAUUUCACUUCCCUUUUUUCCCUCUUUAGCUCCUUCUUAACCGUAAGUGGUGGCAAAGUGGAAUUUUAUCUUCGCUUUUAAAAGAAAAAGAUGCAUGCGUAGCAACCUGUUCAAGACACCCAGGCUGAUAGCGCCGACUCACCGGAAGCGGUUCCGAAACCUCAUUUUGUACCAUCACUGACGUUUCCACACUGAAUGCAGUUUGCGUGCUUUGUUCCAACGGGUUUCCUUUCGGCUGCUGGGACACGGAUUUAUCAAGUCGUGAUGAAGCUUCACACAAAUGGCCCAAAAUUCUCAUCAUGUCCAAUCUUAUGUUUACAUGUCCAUUAACGCCACUGAACAAUGCGUGUAUGGAGUGAGUCACAGGGAAGGUGGAAUGAUGGACAGAUGAAUUGUGUACAGGUUUGUGGAUGCAGUGACAUUUCCUCAGGUCUUUUAAGAACAGAGAUGAAAGAAGAAUUGUUCUAUGUUCCACAUUUCAGAUUUCACAUCGAAGGACAGUGACGUGUUUUAUUGUGCAUGUGCGACAGUCGGCACUUGAGUUCACGCCCUGUGGAGUGAAGGGACCAUUUUUUUCAUUUAACGGUUGUUUUGGUGUGCAUGAGAAAAUAAUGAAUGCUUAUUUAUAACUCUUUUAGACUCUUUUUUUCUUGUCAAUAUUAACCUGCCAAAUAUGUGUAGGAAAUUAACCUAUGAACAAAAAAAUCCUACAUUCUUUUAUUGGUAUUUUAUUUAUUGGUAUUUUUUUCACGUUUUGGUGUAUAAAUCCAGUGACAUGGGGCAUGCACACCGAUCACAAAGUCAUGUUUUUUGUAUUUUAGGAGUCACAAUUCAAGAACACGUAGCAGUAACUGGUCUUUUUAGGGACUCUCUCUCUUCUCUCUCCCUCUCUCUCUCUCUCUCUCUCUCUCUCUCAUAUCUGCAUCAUUUCUACUGCUGUUGCUAUGACUAUAUUACGUUACUCAGUGGUUUAACUUUAUGAUGAAUAUUUUAGUAACUGUUACGGUGUGACUUGCCUUUUUUCUAUUUUUCCGAAUGAAGUGUUUUCAGUUGGACUUUUUUGUUAAUUGCAGGAGUUCAUCUUGUGUCUGGUGGAAAAGUACAGCAGUUGAACAUCAUUAGCCCUAGUAACCCUAGGUAGGUCACCAAGUGCACACUACUACUGAAAUUACAGGCUAAAGGGCCUGAAAGUAAGUACACCACAGGAAGUUUGUUCCACACCCAUUCAUGCAUUGAGAAUGCAGUAAGUAUCCUAAAGUUAUCUACAGUUUAGUCAUCAGCUGCUUCUCGUCCAGUUCUAAUUCACAGCUCCUCUGAGAAAUUACUUUGCCCGUGUUCAUACCACGAGAGCCUUUACUCGCAGCUGUCAGUGUUAACAUGCAUGAUUGCCUGGACUUUUUUUUUUUUUUUUUGUUAAAUAUCAUCAGGAACUGAAUGGUGGAAUGUUUAUUACCUGCCUGUGCAGCUUCUUGCGCACACAGUGACCCUGAUAUCUGUAUUGUGCACUUUGCUCAGAAACAACUUCAGUUACAUCCUGUAGUGUAAAGAUCAUGGCUGAUUCAAACUCAGUCAGAGAAACAGAUUCCACACUUUUCUCACGUUCUCACCCCUGCUCAUCUAUCUCGCACCUUCAGGGUUCACUGCUGUACUUUUUCCUAAGUGAUCGUGAAUAGCUGUCUUCUUUUCAUGAUUAUUUUAUGCAAGUAAAUCCCAUCUUGUUUUUAGUUGAACUAAAUAAAUAAUUGAAUAAAUAUUCCAUUUGGACAAUGUAAAGAAAAUGGCUGUAACCUGUACAAUAGUGAUGACUUUAUCUGAGAUCUAUAGCUAUAUGGAGUAUAUAUUAUAAAUGCGGGGGAUUUUAUCGGUGCAUAUACAGUGCACUGGUUUAUUAAAAGAAUCAGUAACAGUAGCCAUUGAUCUUCAGAAGAAACAUGUUUCUUUCUAUUGUUGCCAGAUAACUUGUCGGUCCUUAAUUUUUAAUGAAUUAGAAUGUAUUAAAAACCUGCCUACACACACACACACACACACACACACACCUUGCCUGUAAAAGAAUAAAACAGUACAGAUUUCAGA